AUGGAUCCUCAAAUUCCUCAGGCCGCUCUUAACGAAGAAAAUAAUUUGCUGCUCUGGGCAGUACUUAUUGCAAUUUCGAUCGCUAUAAUCGUACUUCUCUGGCUCUUUGACAAGUUCAUACUUCCAAAAUUAAUGGCGGCCACUGUUGAGCCAAUAAUCAAGAGCCAUGAAAUAGAACAACUUAUGCCGCCCGUCAUCAUACGAAUCAGCGACAAAAGCAACGGAAUAGCGUCGACAGACGGCGGCGGCAACGAGUGCGCGAUUUGCUUGGAUGAAUUCAAGGAUGGAGAAUGGUGCCGAGUGUUUCCUCAGUGUAACCACGAGUUCCAUGUGCCGUGCAUUGAUGCUUGGCUGCAACGCCCAAAUCUUACCUGCCCAGUUUGCCGCCAUUCCUUGGAAGAUGAAGAAGCAUUGCCUAAUAUUGCUGGAGACGAUCUUGUGUGA